AUGCCAGAUACAACAUUUCAACUCAGCCCUGAUACACAGUUGCGCCAUGAGGCAUUCAACCAGGACAGGGGAUACCCCCACAAUGACCCAACUCAAGUGUGGCCGGGGCAACGGACUCAAAAUGAGUUUCGAUCUGAGCUCAUGAGCCGUGAUCCCUCAACGGAGUCUGUAGAAUACUAUCCUACGGGUACGGGUGGAGAGCUAUUGCAGCAAACCGGGGCCAUUACUAGUCCUGCAUCGCAACCCGUUCAACGCAUUCGGUCCCUAGAUCUCAUUGAAGGAUCGAUCACACAAUUUUACGGCAUGUCUUCGGAAUCAGAUCCGUGGCUACUUCGACAUUGCCGAUACGAUGAAUAUGGCAUGCACGGCCUGCAUCGGACUCGCAUUCGUAAUGUCGGCGGGGUCCCAAUUGAAGGGCUGGUGCCGGUUCAUUUUCUUGAAACCGAGAAGGAACUUAUGCUUCCAAAGGGCUCGGAAAUGGAUAAUCGGCCCCAGAAGGAUCAGAUGCAGGACCAGAACCAACUCGAUGUUAUGGUAUCGCCCGCACACGGCAAACGGCUUCUAUGCUUAUUUCUUCGAUUCGUGUUCCCAGCAAUCCCAAUAAUAUCUAGGUCCCAGCUUGGUAUUUCUUCAUCCAUGUCAACUGCUGCUUUGGAGAAGAUCCCAGUCCAUUUGCUUGCAGCGAUUUAUGCCUCUGCCAUCCCUUUCGCGGUCCAUGACCCAGUGCUGUGUGUAUCUGCUGCAUAUGGCGAGCUCUUGUCCGGUAAGUUGUGGCAGAUGGUCCACGAGCUCAUCCUCCAGGAGACCCAUACGCCGAAGCUGGCAGUUUUGCAAGCCUCGUUGCUCUAUCUUCAACAAAUCCCCGCCGGAAGCCUCAAAGCCCUCCCUGAUGGCCCAUUUAUUUGGUCUUUCCUUGGAUCGACGGUAGCCCUCGCUGUCUCUCUUGGUCUCCAUGUUGAACCUCGGCCAUGGGGAAUUCCCCCAUGGGAGAAACGCCUGCGCAGAAGAUUGUGGUGGGCAGUCUACGUGGAAGACAAAUGGCGGAGUCUUCUUGCGGGUCGGCCUUCAUUUAUCCACCCUGACGAGAAUGAUAUCUUCGAGCUGAGCGCUAGUGAUUUCAUGCAAGAUGAGAAUGCAGAAGAUCAUGAACAUGCUUGUCAGCCACUUUUCUACUACACCACAGGCUUGGCUUGUAUCGCCGAGAAUAUGUGCCGGACAUUUUAUACCAUAAAAGCCUCGCAGAGAUUGUCAGAUGACUUUCGCUCGUCCAUCGAUGCUGCACGACCGAUCCGCGCCCAGCUUCAGCAGUGCCACUUGCCGUCUAACCGAGUUGAGGGUGCGGGUGACCUUCAUUUUUCAUACUUGGUUCUUGAAAUGUUCCUUUACCGUGCCAUUCUUCGUCCUCUUGCGCGAUCACCGCCACCUCCCCCGAUAUCAGAUGACAACGACCCAACCCCAAUGGGUUCUUUGUGGCCUGUUGAAGACCUAACGUCUGACAGACACGUCUUCGAUCAACUACCAGCCAUGAAUUCCAUGCAGCUUGGCGAGGCUGAAGAGGCUACCCUCAAGGCUGCGGAAAAAUGUGCGGCUAUAAUCCUUAAUUUCGUUGGGGCCUUGGUCCCCCAUGAGUUUGGAUCAUUCUGGCACCCUUUCUACCUACCAGGGAAUCGAACCUGUUUCGCCGCAGUAUCUAACUUUGUCACUCUGCUCCUUGUUCAAGCGCCCACCAGGCAACAUGCAUUGAGAUCAAGGGAUUUGCUUGAUCUGUGGUCACACACGCUUCGUUGCCAGCACCGCAGCCAUGAAGGCCUAAUGCAGCUUGGUCUAGUUCGACUCAAUCAGAUGCAAAUCGAGGGACUGGAUAACAUCUUCAACUUGCCUGCGCAUGUAUCCGAGAUAUUACAGAAUACAGCAGAAUGA